UCAGGCCUUUACGCCACGGGAGCGCGCCUGCGCUCCUGUUACGCGCUUACUACCAACAGGCAGGGAAUUCAUGGGAGGAAGUAACUGAGAUUCGGACACGAACAACAACUCCACACGGCGCCAGAAACGACAGUUAGCUCUAAAUGAGAUGCAAAAACUUAAUCUCUGUUUCCCCCAGAUGGACUAGAAGCGCCGGGUCUGCGCAGAUGGAGGCGGCGAGAAGUUUGCUGUUUGUCGGGGCCGUACUGCUCGGAGUGACGGGCGCUUCAGGCAGAGAAGUCUGUCGGGGUACAGACAUGAAGCUGGCCCUGCCCUCCAGCCUGGAAAACCACUAUGAGACUCUGAGGCUGCUCUACACCGGUUGCCAGGUUGUUCAUGGAAACUUGGAGAUUACACACCUCCAUGGAAACCCUAACCUCUCCUUCCUGCAGGGGAUUGUGGAGGUACAGGGUUAUGUACUCGUUGCUCAUGUUUCUGUGAGCCUGUUGCCCUUAGACAGCCUUCGGAUCAUAAGAGGCAGCCAGUUGUACAACUCCAGCUACGCGCUGGCUGUGCUGGAUAACACUCACGCCGGUCAGGGGCUGAGGACGCUCCGGCUACGUAGCCUCACAGAGAUCCUGCUGGGUGCAGUGUAUAUUUGGGGGAACCCCCAGCUGUGCUUCCCAGACCCCCAGAACAUCAAUUUGACGGACAUCUUGGAUGAGCAGAAUGGCCGUGCCAAGGAACACCGACUGCAGCCUCGGCCUCCUAACUGUCCAAGUUGUUCGCCUGCAUGUGGGAAAAGAUGCUGGGGAGAGACUCCUCAGGAUUGCCAAACUUUGACCCGAGCUAAAUGUGCGUCUGGCUGCCAGCGGUGUAAAGGUCCUCUACCCAACGACUGCUGUCACCUGCAGUGUGCAGCUGGAUGCACUGGACCCAAAGACUCAGACUGUCUGGCUUGUCGUCACUUCAACGACAGCGGUGUAUGUAAAGAGAACUGUCCACUGCCCACCACCUAUGACCCCGUCACGUUUCAGUCCCAAUCCAACCCACAUGGGAAGUUUAACUUUGGAGCGACCUGUGUCAAGACGUGUCCUUAUAACUAUCUGGCGUUGGAAGUGGCCUGUACUUUAUCUUGCCCCCCAAACAACCAGGAAGUUGUCGUCACCCAACCUGACGGGACAGAGACGCAGAAAUGUGAUAAGUGUGAAGGAGACUGUCCCAAAGUGUGUUUCGGCCCGAGUACAGACAACAAUGGUGUCACCGACAGCAGCAGCAGCAGCAUCGCCGUAGUAACGCCUUCCAAUGUGGAGGAGUUCAACAAGUGCACGAAGAUUUUCGGUAGCCUGGCCUUCCGCUCUGAGAGCUUCUCAUGGGAUCCUGCGAAGAACACCUCAGGCCUGACUUUGGAGCAGCUGAGUGCCUUCAGGACUCUGGAGGAGAUCACAGGUUAUCUCUACAUUGAUGCCUGGCCAGAGCAGUGGACCAACCUCAGUGUGUUUGAGAACCUGAAGGUGAUCAGAGGCACGAUGCUCUACAAGGGUGUGUUUUCACUGGCCAUCCAGAAUCUGCACAUCGAGUCUCUCGGGUUGCGGUCGCUGCGCAGCGUCAGUGGAGGUUUGGUCUUGAUUUACAACAACACACAGCUGUGCUACACCAACUCACUGCCAUGGCAGAAUCUCCUCCAUCCCACCCAGGGUCCGCACCGCAUCGUCAGCCACAACCAGGACCCUGCAGUCUGUGAGAAAGAGGGGAAUGUUUGUCACCCCCUUUGUAAGGCGGGCUGUUGGGGUCCGGGGCCCAGCCAGUGCGUGUCCUGCCAAACUUUCCAACGUGGCACCGAGUGUGUAGAGCAGUGUGAUCUCUAUCAGGGGCCCGUACGUGAAUACAUAGAUGGAUCUAAGUGUGUUGCCUGUGAUCCACAGUGUCGACCCCUCAAUGGCUCAGAGUCCUGCCACGGGCCGGGUGCUCAACAUUGCACGGAGUGUCGGAAUUUCCAGGACGGCGAGUAUUGCGUGGAUCGGUGUCCCAGUGGCGUCAAGGGCGAUCUGCAUACUGUGUGGAAAUACAGCAAUGCCACGGGACACUGUCUGCCAUGCAAGACCAACUGCACGCCACCCUGCACUGUGAAGGAUGAACAAGGCUGCCCCAUUGAUACCAGGACAGGACCUGGCACGUCCAUCGCGGCUGCAGUGGGUGGGGUGGUGCUCUUCAUUAUCCUGCUGGCUCUGCUGGUCUUUUACUUGAGGAGACAAAAGAAGCUAAAGAGGAAGGAGACAAUGAGGAGGAUCCUGCAGGAGCACGAGCUGGUGGAGCCUUUGACGCCGAGUGGUGCUUCACCCAAUCAAGCUCAGAUGCGUAUAUUGAAAGAGACCGAGCUGAAAAAACUCAGGGUGCUGGGUUCGGGGGCCUUUGGCACUGUUUACAAGGGAAUUUGGGCUCCUGAUGGGGAAAAUGUGAAAAUCCCAGUGGCGAUUAAGGUUUUGCGUGAGAACACCUCACCAAAAGCCAACAAAGAAAUCCUCGAUGAGGCAUAUGUGAUGGCGGGCGUUGCCAGCCCGUACGUGUGUCGUCUCCUGGGGAUUUGUCUCACCUCUACUGUGCAGCUGGUCACUCAGCUGAUGCCGUACGGCUGCCUCCUCGACUACGUCAGAGAGAACAAGGACCGCAUUGGUUCGCAGUUCCUACUCAACUGGUGUGUCCAGAUUGCCAAGGGGAUGAGUUACCUGGAGGAGGUUCGUUUGGUCCACAGAGAUUUGGCAGCCCGCAAUGUCCUGGUGAAGAACCCGAAUCACUUGAGACUGGCCAAGAGAGGGGUAACUGUCUGGGAGCUGAUGACGUUUGGCUCUAAGCCCUACGACACGAUUCCAGCAAGAGAUAUCCCAGAGGUUUUAGAGGGGGGCGAGCGGCUUCCCCAACCCCUUAUCUGUACCAUUGAUGUCUACAUGAUCAUGGUCAAAUGUUGGAUGAUUGAUCCUGAGAGCAGGCCGAGAUUCAAAGGCCUGGUCAAUGAUUUUAGUGCCAUGGCUAGAGAUCCUACUCGCUAUGUAGUUAUUCAGAAUGAUGAAGAGAUGAGCAAGUGCAGCCCAGUGGACAGUGAGUUUUACAGGAUGCUUCUGAGGGAAGAUGAAAAUAUUGUGGAAAUGAUGGAUCCUGAGGAGUACCUGGUGCCAAAUACAAGGAAAGGGGACGAGCCCCAGGCCAAUGGACUAUCCAGACACCAGUCAUACAGGCAGAGCAGAGAUCAUAGCUUAGAUAUGGACCCUUCCAACACUGCUGGGCCUCGGAACCUUCACUCCUCCCUGACUGGAAUCAGCCACGCCCAGUACCCAACCUUAACAAUGGGAGCGAGCGCCUCUAACAGUGUGUGGCCUCAGUAUCCAAUGCUGGCUCGCAGCACCUCAGCUGGAGGUCAGUCUGACUCUGUCUUCCUGGAUGCACCUACAGACGGCCACUCCUUGGCACCAGCCAGCCCCGGACGCUACAGCAAAGACCCCACUUUCCCCAACGGGAGCAAGGAUGACCUAGAAACUGAUGGGUGGAGUGGUUUUCCCCAUCCUUAUCUUCACCACUCACUACCCCGGCGGAGUCACGCCAUUCAAAAUCAUCCCCUGCCAGAGUACGUCAACCAAGAAAUUCAGGAUCUCAGGCCAGGGUUCCCUGAGCGGCCCAGCACACUGCCUCGAAAAUCCAGAAUAGACCGCCGGCUUCCUAACGGCCUAAGUUCAGGUCACAGUGUGGAAAACCCAGGGUAUUUGAUCCCAGUGAACUCCACCUCUCCGGCCUUUGACAACCCAUACUAUCUGGACCUCGGGCCCAAGGCGAUUCCCGGGGCUGUGGCGGGGGACGGCCCAGCAGGACUGGAAAGCAACGGAGGAGUAACCAGACAUAUGAACGGUUUUGUGACACCGACUGCAGAAAAUCCAGAAUACUUAGGAUUAGCAGACACUUGGAGUGGGAAUACUUGAGGAUAGGGACGGAGACGGAGUCUCACUGAGGGAAACUGGAGAGUGGGAAGAUGAACAUUUACAUAGCAAAAAUAAGCGGAGCUGCGAACGUGCAACUGGUAUCUUCUCACUCUGUCUGGAGAAGCAGCGGCAUCCGAACUGAUCGAGGUUGUCCCUAAAUGCCACGUUAUUAGUACCCAGUUGUAACACGCAUGGACUCAACACAGUGUAGCAUUCAAGUGGUGCCUGUGGCACCAUUUGUAUUCAUGUCUUCCUCUAAACAAUCUGUGACUGUUAACUGCCAAAAAGAAGUUUUUUCUUCUUUUGUAAAUAACACCAUAAACAAAAGAGUUCAAGAAGGUUAUCAUGAUUGUUUUUAUGGUCAUCUUCUUUUAAGUUCUUUAAUAUCUGUAGAUUUUCCACAAUAUGUGAAGCUUUUUUAUUUUUGUGCAUUUCCUUCAGUUCCCUGUGGAUAUGCUACUGAGUGCAGCUGAACAGUGAAGAAAGAUGUAUAACACUUUUGACAAAGUGAGCCGUGAUGUGCGUUGAAGAUGAUGCUUAGUAUUCUGGUCAGUUUCUCGCAGACCUGACGGGGGUCUCCAGCACUCUCAAAGCCAUUUUGUUUUGGACAGAGAAGGCCCUGCAGCCCAUCUGGCCUGUAGACAUGCUCCCUGAAAGAAAGGCAUCCUGUAUGGAGAAGACAGAGGCAUUGUGCCGCACUGAUGUAUGUGGUUGUUGGUGACCGUGGCUGUAGCUACUUUGUGGUACGAGUCAUCAGCUAUUGAGGUACGAGGAGACAUUUUUAAGCUGCAGAAAUGUCUAAAAAAAUGGGAAUAAGUGGUUAACUGUUCAGGGAUUUUAGUUUUUCUGAGAAAUAUGGAGAACUACUGACUUUGAAGUCAUAAAAAGAACACACUGUGUACAUGUCAGACAACUCUGUGUGCACCCGCCAAGCGC